AGUAACAAAGAAUUCCAGCAGUGAGCUGUGAGUUCCGUCUUUGCUGGCUUUCCCAAGUGGAAGGCUACACUCAUCCUUCACUAAUGGCAGACUAGGACAAGCAUUGCCCAGGCCUGCAAGCUUGUUAAGCAGUAGGAACCCAGCAAGAACUCAUCAUGCUAAUCAAACCUGUUGGGUGGAUAUGUGGGCAGGUGUUGAAGAACUUUUCUGGAAGAAUCGAGGGGAUCCAGAAAGUAAUCAUGGACCUUGUAGAUGAGUUUAAAGAUGAAUUUCCCAGCAUCCUAGGAUUAUCACAGUCUAAUCAGAAAAGAGAACCUGCGCAGAAAACAUCCAAAAUCAGGAUGGCUAUUGCUUUAGCCAAGAUUAAUCGAGAAACAUUAAUUCAAGGAUUAAACAGCAUAUCCAGAUCCUCCAAAUCAGUGGCCAAACUUCUGCAUCCUCAGCUUGCAUGCAGACUUUUAGAGCUAAGGCACAUAUCUGCUCGUCUGCUGAGGGAAGUUAACGUGCCAAGGCAACCCCUGUAUAACACGCAGAUCAGAAAGGGCUCUUUGUUUGAAAUCAUCUCCUUUCCAGCAAAGACGGCUUUAACUAGCAUAAUAUAUGCUUCAUAUGCAGCACUAAUUUAUUUGGCAGUCUGUGUUAAUGCUGUGCUGGAGAAGGUAAAGAAUAUCUUCCAAGAAGAAGAAUCCAUAAGGCAAAGCAGAGAAGAAAGUGAAAAUUGUAGAAAAGCCUUUUCUGAGCCUGUGCUUUCAGAGCCUAUGUUUCCUGAAGGUGAAAUCAAAGCAAAACCUUAUAGGUCAUUGCCGGAGAGGCCAGACAUUUCAUGUUACCCCAAGCUUCCUGCUAAUAAGCAGAGUAACAAGAUCCAAGUUUUACAUUCUGUGUUUGACCAAUCAGCUGAAAUGGAUGAGCAAAUCUGAAUGCAGAUAUCACUGAACAGAACUUAAAAGUUACCUAUUUUAAUGGCACAUUUCAUCUGACAAAACUCAGAGACUAGUUUAAAUAUUCUGAAUUGCUCUGCUUUCUUUUAAAAAAGAGAAGGGGACUACAAUUAAAAUGUCAUUUUCUAGUAUUUACAUGAUAGAGUAAAUAAAAUGAAUAUUGAUGUGGAAUAUAUGUACUGACUACUUUCAAUGAACAAGAAAAUCCACCCUUUGGUGGGUUAGACUUUACACUGUGGUUUAUAAUAUGAACAUAUAUAUAUAUAAUACAUUAAUGUUUUUA